GUCUCGUAUCUCCUCAGGUUCGUCUCCUCCCUCUGUUUGUUAAACCUUGCCCUUCUCUCGGACUCUCUACUCCCUUGCUCUUCCUUCCCCGGCGGCGACGACGGGGCGAGCGGCGGCGCCAUUUGUCCUGUCUUCGCCCAGCCCUUUGCCGGCGACGAGCGCAUCCUCCAGAAUUAUUGGGUGUACAUGUGCAUGUCCUAUGCUGGGCCCGCCCCUGAGCUCAAACUGCCGGUGAAGUUUAUUAAACCAAGAAUUUGGGGGUUCAACGGAGUCCCCAUGUCCUACAUUAAACCCGGCCAUGCUUCAGGUCGGGAUGCGGUGUUCUGGUCGGAUAAAAUGAACGAAUAUCUUAUCGAUUCGCUGCUUCACCAGCAAUCCAUUGGGAACAGGGGUGAGGCCAGGUUCUUCUCGGCAGCAUAUGACAGCAUCAUCACUGGUGUUGGUGAAAGGUUUGGGGUGGCGAUUGACCGGAACAAUAUAAAAAACCGCCUCAAGCAUAUCAAGGAAGCAUUUUACGAGUGCAGGAACAUCCUUGGCGAAGAUACUCGGAUUAAGUGGUGCCCAGAGAGCAGAAGAUUCAAUGCUGACCCAAAUGUUUGGAGGGAGUUGAUCCAGAGAAAACCGGAGGCAAAAAAAUGGAUGACGAAGACAGUUGAUCAUUAUGAUAGGUUAAUGGAGUUAUUUGGUAAAGGCAGGGAGAAACGUCUUGCUGUCGAGAGUCCAAAAGAUACUAAGAAAAAAGCGCGAACAGAACCACUAAAGGAGAGACUUCAACGUACUCCAUUAAAUGGCCGGGUGUUAGCUGGUGAUGAAAGUUUAGAUAAGAUGGUGAACAAAAAUGAGAUGCCUGAUGAGGCAAUGGCACCUGUGGAGCUUGAUUUGUCAGAAUUGUGCAGAACUGAGAAUGGCAUUGUUGCCAUACCUGUACGUGCCAAUGCAUAUGGUAAAGGUUUGCCCUAUGCUCCUGAAAAUUGGCCACGUUCUGGAGAUAUAUGGUACUGGAAAGUGGGAAGCAGGGCUUCUGGAGCGGGCCAUUGGGCUGACAGGUAUCUUGCGCCGCCAUCACGUUUCCGUGAAGCUACUCGUAAGAGGUUAGGAUUUGCAAGUAGAAUACAAGUUGAAGAAUUUGUUAAGAGAGAGUUUCCAGAUGUUGAUCCUAGCACAUUCUUUUCUAUGUUUAUCUGGAAGAUCCCUGCUGAAGGAUACAGGAUACAAAAAGGCACCAAACAAGUCACUGAACAAGUGAGGCUCCAUGAACCUGAACCUGAUGUGGCUGAUCCAGCUGGCCCAUGUAAGGCUAGGAAUAGCUUGUGCAACCUUGAAAGAGAAGGAUUUAUUGAAUCAUCACCAGCACAGGCUUGUAAUAUUUGUUGCACAGUGCCUGGUUUCUGUCGUGAGUGCUGCUGUAUUCUCUGUAACAGGACCGUUGACUAUUCUUUUGGAAGUUACAGCUGCAUAAAAUGUGAGGCAGUUGUGGAAGAGAACUACAUAUGUGGGCAUGUUGCACACCUUGAUUGUGCUCUUCGAUGUUACAUGGCUGGAACUGUUGGAGGAAGUAUAGGCUUGGAUGUCCAAUAUUACUGCAGACGCUGUGAUAACAAAACUAACUUGAUGAUGCAUGUGGAGAAACUCAUGGAAACAUGUCAAUCUCUUGGGUCAAGGGAUGAAAUCGAACCUGUGCUGAAUAUGGGCUUAUGCCUCUUGCGAGGCUCAAGACAAAUGAGAGCAAAAAGCUUGGAGAACCGUUUGGGAUCAGCGAUGGCUAAGCUGAAAUCUGGGGUUGACCUUGUUGAAGUUUGGAAAGUGGAGGACAAUGAGGGCAGGGCAACUCCCAGUGGAGGAGAAAAUUCCCCACCAACCAGUGGUGUGACUGUGCUUGGGAUUCUGCAAAUUCCAGAAGCGGGUGCACUUCCAGGGCAUCCUGAUCUAAUAGAUCCACUGGUUGAUAAUGAUUUCCAAACGGCUGUUGAAAAUCUUCCAGUGUACAUUACUGGGGAUCACAAUGUCAUGUCUGCCAAAUUUGAGGAUGAGAUAGAUCUUGCCCUUCAAGAACUGAAAAAAUCUCAGGAAGUGGAACAUACGGUGGCAGAACAGAGGCUUUAUUCUCAAAAAGAUCACAUCCUUUGUCUGUAUAGGCAGCUUGAGUCUGAAAGAGCUCAGCUUGCAGAUCCCAUGCCCUUAGCUGACACUUCAAAUUAUGGUGUGAUGCUUGCCAAUGUAUUAAGCCGCGUGGACCAAGUAAAGCGUGAGGAGGAGAAGUUUAAAUCCAUGCUGAAAAUUGCUGGUGGAUUUGCAAAAGCACCAGAAAGCGUCACCAAGGAGUUCUUUGGGUUGGCUGCUGAUAGGUAGUUAGAAAUCUACUAGCUCAGGACUUGCAAUUGGUAGGUUACCACAGAAUCGAACUUAGCUGUGGUACUGCAGUUGUAUGGGUUGUAUAAAUCCUAGCAAGGGGUCGCCCUUUUAGGGUUACCCCAUCAGUCUGGUUUGGACGAAACUGUUAAGUGCUGUGGAUGCGCAGGUUAUCCGUGGACAUGCCUUGCCUAAGAAACAGUCUUUCAAUGAGAUGUGAAUCAUAAAUGUGCUCCCAGGUUUUCUGCGUCA